UCUAAAGAAUUUAUCUUUAAUCAAAAGGCUUUUUAAUUUAUUGCGUUCUCUCUCUCUCUCUCUCUCUCUCUCUCUAUUACAAUAAUUAUUUCUCUCUCUUCUCUUGUUUUCAUUCUCUCUUUCUCUUUCUCUCUGUCCUCUUCUUGAAUGGUUCUGCUUCUGUCACCUCAUAAUUCCUUGUGUUCCCGUUCAGAUUCCGUGAUAAUUCUCUUGGGUUUUUGUUAGUUUUUGGAAAGGACUCUAUUUCUGAUACCGUUAAGAUAUUUCCUGUUUCUACCACUCCCCCCUGCCUUGUUCCUUUAUAGAUUUUUAGCUGGACACACAUAGAUGGGUAUAUAUCUCAGCACUCCCAAAACUGAAAAAUUCUCUGAAGAUGGCGAGAAUGAUAGGGUUAGAUAUGGCCUAUCAUCCAUGCAAGGAUGGCGUGCAACUAUGGAAGAUGCUCAUGCUGCAUUUCCUGAUCUCGAUGCUUCUACUUCGUUCUUUGGUGUUUAUGAUGGUCAUGGAGGCAAGGUGGUUGCAAAGUUCUGUGCCAAAUAUCUUCACCAGCAGGUUCUCAAGCAUGAAGCAUAUGCAGCUGGGGAUAUAGGGACAUCGGUUCAGAGAGCAUUUUUCAGAAUGGAUGAGAUGAUGCGUGGGCAAAGAGGAUGGAGAGAAUUAGCCAUUUUGGGUGAUAAAAUAAACAAGUUUACUGGCAUGAUAGAAGGAUUGAUAUGGUCUCCGAGGAGUGGUGAUAGUAAUGACCAAGUGGAUAAUUGGGCCUUUGAGGAGGGCCCUCAUUCUGACUUUUCUGGACCAACUUCUGGGAGCACAGCGUGUGUUGCAGUUAUAAGAAACAACCAGCUUGUUGUUGCAAAUGCUGGUGAUUCUCGUUGUGUUAUAUCUAGAAAGGGUCAGGCUUACAAUCUCUCUAGAGAUCACAAGCCUGAUCUUGAGGCAGAGAAAGAAAGGAUUUUAAAAGCUGGUGGUUUUAUACAUGCAGGACGUGUCAAUGGCAGUUUGAAUCUUGCAAGAGCUAUUGGUGACACGGAAUUCAAGCAGAAUAAAUUUUUGCCAGCUGAAAAGCAAAUUGUUACUGCAAAUCCAGAUAUAAACACCGUUGAGCUUUGUGAUGAUGAUGACUUUAUUGUGCUGGCAUGUGAUGGAAUCUGGGAUUGCAUGUCAAGUCAGAUGCUAGUAGAUUUUAUUCAUGAACAACUACAAUCAGAAAGCAAUCUUUCUGUUGUUUGUGAGAGAGUACUUGACAAGUGCUUAGCACCAUCAACAGCCACUGGUGAGGGUUGCGACAAUAUGACCAUGAUCUUGGUGCAGUUCAAGAAACCAAUCAAAUCUGCCUCAUCUGCAGAGGAGCAAUCCUCCCAUUCCAAAUCAGUCGACACAGAAUCAAAGCCGGAGGGAAGUCAAGAAAAUUAGGUGCAACUGUUGGUGGAGUUAUCAAAUCCUCUGGCUGAAGAAGAUUUGAGGACUCUUUGUUUUAUCAAACAUUGGGAGAUGCAUUUAUAGAUGGCUUACAGCAGGAACGAAUUGAUGACAUAUUAAGAAAAAUUAUAUAUGCUUUUUGUUUCCUUUUCUUAAUCAUUUAAUGGGAUGGUUUUACUUUUUAUGUCUGAUAAUACCACAAUAUGACAAUUUUAUAAUAUCAUGUACAGUUGAUGACUAUCAAAUGUUUUUGGGUUAACUGGUGCCAUCUCAA